AUGGAUAAAAGUUGGAUGACAAUGGGUAAGACACCCGAUGGUAGAUUAAGCCAUCCAUAUAUUGAAGGGGUCAAUGCAUUUAUUAAUUUUGCAAGAGCGGUUGUGGACUUGAGUGGUAAUAUUCCGUGCCCGUGUAUUCAUUGUGUGAAUUGCUAUCGACAAUCUCCUCAUACUGUGCGUAUUCAUUUGCUUCAUCAUGGAAUUAUGCAAUCUUACAUUAAUUGGUAUAAUCAUGGAGAACCUCGUGUAUUGAACGAGAACAUUCAUGAUAAUGAAAUGUCAGAUGGUGAUCAUAUAGAUGGUAUCGAUGCCUUGGUAGGUGUCCAAAUUAGAAGGGAACCAAGAAAUGCAAUCAAAGAUGAGGAGGUGUGUCAUUUUGACAAACUUGAGGAAGACGCAAAGCAUGAUUUGUAUCCGAGUUACACUGAUUAUAGUAUUUUGAAGUCUGUUAUUGAGAUGUUGAAUAUAAAUGCAAUGACCAACUUGCGUAAUAAGGGACUUGAUAUGAUGUUAGAAUUGUUGACAAAUGUUUUACCGAAAGAUAAGUUGGUUCCAAGGCCAACUUAUGAAGCAAAGAAGAUAUUAUGUGACUUGGGCAUGUCAUACGAGCAUAUAAAUGCAUGCAAAAAUGAUUAUGCACUAUUUUGGAAGGAAAAUGAAAACCUUGAUAAAUGUUCGGUGUGUGAGGCGCCUAGGUACAAGGAUACACGUGCCCAAGGUAAGAAGAUUCCUCAUAAAGUAUUGCAUUACUUCCCGUUGACACCGAGACUGAGGAGAUUGUACAUGUCAGGCCAAAGAGCUAAGGACAUGAGAUGGUAUAUAAACAAACAUGUGGAUGAUGAGAUAAUGAGAUAUCCAACUGAUAGUAAGAAAUGGAAGGAGUUUGAUUUGCAACAUCUUGAUUUUGCGCUCGAUCCUCGCAAUGUAAGGUUGGGGUUGGCUACAGAUGGAUUUAACCCUUUUGGGAAUAUGAACAACAACUAUAGUAUGUGGCCUGUCAUACUUAUCCCCUAUAACCUACCACCUUGGCUGGAGUUAUGUGAAGAAGGUAUUGAAACUUAUGAUGCUUAUAGUAAAGAGAAUUUUCAGAUGCGUGCAACUUUGUUAUGGACCAUACACGACUAUACUAAAUUUGGUAACGUGUCUGGGUGGAGGACAAAGGGUUAUUAUUCUUGUUACACUUGCAACGAUGAACCAUAUUCAAAAGCUUUGGAAAGUAAAAUUGGAUUCAUUAACCAUCGAGCUUAUUUGCCUAUGGAACAUCGUUGGAGACAUAGUCGGUUGCAUAAUGGUUUAUCGGAGAAAUGGAAGAGAUCUUUAGAGUUACAAGUGGGAAAGAUACAAGAGCAGCUAGAUAGAAUACCAAAUAUAAUUUUAGGAAAGCAUCCAAGUAACAAGAAGAGACAACUCAUUGGGGAGCCAAAUUGGUCAAAGGCACAUGUUGCAUUUGAAACGAAUUUCGGAUCAUAUGACAAGCCUUGGGCUUUCUUGUCAUUAAGCCCUAAUGAAAGGGAUGAUUUUUAUGACUUUUUGAAAUCAGUCAAGUAUCCGGAUGGCUAUGCAGCCAACAUAUUAAGGUCAGUGAACAAAAAAAAUGGUAAAUUAUCUAGUUUGAAAAGCCAUGACUGUCAUGUGCUACUACAACGAAUUCUUCCAAUUGGGUUGCGAGGGUUUGCAGAUAAAGACAUUAGUAUUGUAUUGUUUGAGUUGGAAAACUUCUUCCAAGACUUAUGCUCAAGGACCCUAAAGCGGAGUGAAUUGGAGAAACUAGAAGAACGUAUAGUUCUUAUACUAUGCAAGCUUGAGAGGUUCUUUCCUCCAGCAUUCUUUGAUGUUAUGGUCCACCUUGCUGUUCACUUGUCUCGAGAAGCAAUUCUAGGAGGCCCGGUACAAUAUCGGUGGAUGUAUCCAAUUGAAAGGUACCUUGGAAAAUUAAAAAAAUACGUUUCCAGCCAAGCUCGACCAAAAGGUUCGAUUGCAGAGGCUUACAUUCUUAAGUCUUUGUAUAUUGAUGAGAUUGAAACUGUGCAUAACCGAAGAGAAAGAAAUGACGAUUUUGGUGAAUCUAGCGAAGAAUUGAUAAUGAAUAGAUUGAAAGUUAACGAGUCAUCAAAAGCUACUAAACAGUUAUGGUCAUUAGCAAAUGGUCCUAAGUCGCAUGUGAAGGAGUACAUAGUUUGUAUGUGUGAAUGGUACAAUAUUGGUACCAAUGUUCGAAGGAGAACGAUAAGAACCGAUGUACAAUGCACGAGCAUUGAUGUUACAAGUCAAUGGUAUCAAAAUGACCCUUUUAUACUUCCUAGUCAAGCGAAACAAGUUUUCUACCUUCAAGAUACCAAAUUGCGUGACCCUUGGAAAAUUGUGCAAUGCAUCCAACAUAGGGAAGUGUUUGAUGUCCCGGAAGUCAGGGGUGGAAAAUCCAAUGAUAAUAUAGAAGAUAGUGAUGCAUUCCAACAAGAAGCAAUUGUUGAUGUUGGCCCUAUCAAUGUUGAAGACAAUAUUAUUGAGUAUUGUAUGGGUGAUGUUGAAACUGAGGUUGUUCCUGAAUGUGGAAUUUCAAGAGACGCUAAUCAAAAUGAAGAGCAUGGCAUACCUGAUGUUGAUCUUGAUAUGGAUUAUGAUAUGUAG